UCAAAUUUAAUUAAAAAUCGCACUUUCCGAUAUAUAAAUGAAAUUUCCGGGGGGAAAAAAUCAAUAUCGUAUUAUAAUUUGGGGGAAGAAAAGGCAAUAUUUCUUAGAAUAAGCUUCAAGGUUGUAGAAUAGGAUUCGUGAAAAUGUGGUAUAUCGAACUACACACGUUCGCUGAUGAGAAGAGGAAGCGCACGUCUAGACAUCAUAUAAAAGAUAAAAACUCCAAUGAUCCUAUGGAUGAUAGAAGUCUCUUGCCGAAAUUAGAGCCUUCUAAAGGUUGCACUAAUCAGGUAUCGAUCCCUCUUCCUCUCCCCGACGACACUCAGUCCACCUCCAGCGAAGGAAGCAGCCGAAAUGGAGAAAACUAUGAACGGGGAAAUUGGGGGAAACAAUUAGACUUCUUCCUUUCUUGCGUAGGCUAUGCCGUCGGAUUGGGAAAUGUUUGGAGAUUUCCUUAUCUUUGUUAUCGAAGCGGAGGAGGAGCAUUUUUAGUUCCCUAUAUCCUAUUCUUGGUUAUCUGUGGGAUGCCUUUGUUCUUCCUUGAAUUGAGCUUUGGCCAAUUUGCCAGUUUAGGCCCUGUAGCAAUAUGGAAAAUAUCACCAUUAUUUAAAGGUUUAGGCUAUGGUAUGGUGAUAAUAUCUGGAAUAGUGUGUAUUUAUUACAAUGUCAUUAUUGCCUGGACUCUAUACUACAUCUAUCAGUCAUUGACAUCUCUUUUGCCAUGGUCUACUUGUAAUAAUUGGUGGAAUACACCAAAUUGUGUCGAUCGUCAUUACGAUCCAACCGCGUCGUUAAAUAGCACCGGAAUUACGAAUAGUUCCGUACUGAUUAAUGGUACCGUCGCGGCUAAUGAGACGAUUAAGAAUUUCGAAGUCAAUAAUGAUAGAAUAACAUCUAGCGAAGAAUUUUGGGUAAAGUAUGUUUUACGACUGACAUCUGGUAUACAUGAUUUAGGAGAAGUCCAAUGGCCAUUGGUGCUUACUCUUUUUAUUGCUUGGGUAGUUGUUUUUCUAUGUCUAAUGAAAGGAGUCAAAUCAUCGGGAAAGGUGGUUUAUGUAUCUGCUACAUUCCCUUACAUUGUGUUAGUAAUUCUUCUUAUUCGUGGAGUCACUUUACCAGGAGCUUGGAAAGGAAUUGUGUUUUAUUUAACUCCUCGUUGGGAGCUUCUGAUGUCUUUCAAGGUCUGGGGCGAUGCUGCUACUCAAAUAUUUUAUUCUGUAGGUGCAGCUUGGGGUGCAGUUUUAACAAUGGCCAGCUACAAUAGAUUCAGUAAUAAUUGUUACAGAGAUUCUCUGCUUAUUCCAAUCAUUAACUGUUCUACCAGCAUCUUUGCUGGAUUGGUAGUAUUUUCUAUUAUUGGAUAUAUGUCAUAUGAAACCGGUAAACCAAUUGAAGAAGUAGUCUCUCAAGGCCCAGGAUUGGCUUUUGUGGUGUAUCCAGAGGCAGUCUCAAGAUUGCCUUUGUCACCACUAUGGGCCUUACUCUUCUUUUUCAUGCUCUUUACAAUUGGUUUAGAUAGUCAGUUUGGGAUGUUUGAAGCCACUAUUAGUGCCUUUGUCGAUGAAUUUGUUGUUUUAAAAAAGAGGAAAGUUUUAUUUACUGCCAUUAUGUGCAUCGUUCUUUUUGUCCUUGGCUUGCCAUGUGUUACAGGAGGUGGAAUGUAUGUACUUCAAUUGAUGGAUUGGUACAGUGCUACAUACGCUUUAAUGAUCAUUUCAUUACUUGAAACAGUUGUUAUUGGAUGGAUUUAUGGUGCAGAUCGUUUCAUGCAGGACAUCGCUCUAAUGGUUAACCGUGUUCCUCCUUUAUGGUGGAAACUCUGUUGGUGCUUUAUAACUCCUUGUGCAAUUCUGGGUUUACUUAUCUUCAUUGUAAUCAACCACUCACCGGUUACAUACAAUGAUUAUGAAUAUCCCGAUUGGUCAAUUGCUUUGGGAUGGAUGAUGGCUGUUCUUCCUCUGAUUCCCAUUCCAUUAUUUGCUGGUAUCCAGAUUUACAAAUCUAAAGGAUCUCUGUCUCAGAGAAUUUUGGUUAAUUUGCGCCCGUCACCUGAAUGGGGACCGGCCACCGAAGAAAACCGUCUCUUAUACAAGAAGAGUCUGAGUAUCGUCUCUAGUAACUUUCGUCAGACACACGUCGCCGGUUUAAGUCACAGCGAAAGUCAGGUAUCUUGCGGGAAAGUUUCUAUGAAUACGGCAGAUGCUCUUCCGGCUCCAAGCGACGAUAUUCCUUUACAAUCCGAAAGUGUAGUAUAAUUAAGAACAUAGUCACGAGCGGAUAGACUGACUAUAAAACAUAGGGGAAGCAGGAAGAGAAGUUGGCAGGACAAAUAAUCUGCAGCAAGUACCCACGUCUGUCGGGAGCUCUUCGCCACAAUGCCCGGAGCAUAAAUUACUAGCUGUCUGGAGACUCCCGUGGCGAUCGACGAUGCGGCGAAAAGAAUCGCACGGUACGACGCAGUUUAAAGAUCUCAUACAGACUUUCAGUAUUCUAAAUUAAAAAACUGCAAGACAUGUUGCACAUUCCCGAUAAUUAUACAGAAUGCUUUUAUUGAAGGAAGGAAAGAAGAAAGCUGUGAUAAAACAUCAAUCAUAGUCGUCCAUAACAAAAAUAGAAAUUGUAAAUACUGGUCAUUUGUAUACUGUUUUUUCUUUUUGUUUCGUGCAUUUUCUCUCUUGUUUAUUUUUUUUAUAUACACCAUAUCAAAACUUGUAGUGUAUAAAUAUUAAUUUUUGUAACUUGCAAAAUGUUGGGCCAAGUGUUCUUUUUCAAAAACAUUCCUCUUCAUUGCUUGUUUUAUAGUAUUAUGAUAUUCAAAUUAUGGCUAUUAGUGAAACAACUUUGAUGGGAUUUUAUCAAUCAUGCAUCCUAGGUGGAAUAUAGACAAUCAAUAGAUUGGUAGGGUUUCUGAAUGAAACAGUAUUAUAGAUUUUAUAAGUACUGUAACAUUGAUUUUGUAGUAAAAUUGGCUAAAAGUGAAUUUGUAAUAAUAAAAAAAUUUGUACUGAAUUUUUUAUUUAAAACAAAUUCAUGAAGAUGAGACACACAAUUUGUGAUUUCUUUUUUUAAGUAUUUGUUCUGCAUAAUAAAAUUUUGUCUUAAGAUAGUCUAC